CUUGUUCACGUCACAUAACACUUCCUUACACAACUGGUGUGUGCACUGUUUGGGAUUCAAUUUCAACUCGCACGACUUAAUUAGAGCCUGAAGGAUCUUCCAUAGUGGUGUGUGCUGUCUAAUGUUAAAGUCAAGUGGGGAGUUCAAAGAGUGUCUGUUGGCUGCUGAAUGUGAUGUAAAGGUCAAGGUUAUUUCAAUCAAACAGCUGCCACAGAUGACCAUAAGACUACAGUAAAGGCGAGUAGAGAUCUGUUACAUCAAGUUACAGGAAUCAACUUGGAUAGUCUAAAUGACCACAACAGUAUGGCCAGUGGAGAGGAUACUCUAGAUGACCACAACAGUAUGGCCAGUGGAGAGGAUAGUCUAGAUGACCACAACAGUAUGGCCAGUGGAGAGGAUAGUCUAGAUGACCACAACAGAAUGGCCAGUGGAGAGGAUAGUCUAGAUGACCACAACAGUAUGGCCAGUGGAGAGGAUAGUCUAGAUGACCACAACAGUAUGGCCAGUGGAGAGGAUAGUCUAGAUGACCACAACAGAAUGGCCAGUGAAGGAAACAUCUGUUUGGAGAAAAUGUGUCUUAAAAAAGGUACACAUGAAGUACAAGAAUGUCUUCAAGGUCAAGGUGAGGUAGAUCUACACACACACCUGGCAAACUGUGAGAAAAAUCCUGGCCAUAAAAACUUUGUACCUGUAAAUCAGUUAAGUCUUGAACAUUUUCCUUCUGGUUACCAUGACAAUGAUGUGUAUGACCUCACAAAAGCCCUGGCUGACCUAACAGUCAGGAUAGCCGUUAAGUUGACCAGUCCAAAGAGACCAGAGUUUAUACCAGGCACUAAAGAUCCAUAUCCUUGCUACAACACCAGGGGACACAACUCACUGCAUACAGGCACUGGGAGGGUGAGGUGGGUGACCAAGUACACAGAGGGAAAGUUGGACUACCGAACGUGUCCAUGUCCUAAAUGUGACCACUCGGACACACCCAGCAAAGUGUGGUGGGAGGUUAAUGUGUUUACAGCCAAACAUGUGGUUUUUGAUGAUAGAGAGGCGAGACAGUCCAGCUGUAGGUUGUGGUUUGAUGAUGACAAAAGUCCAGUGGGCAACAUUUAUGUGUGGAAGGUGGAUUGUUCAAACACUGAGAGAGACUGGUGUGUGUUGUUUUGUGUGUCACAUGACGUAGAUGUAGUUGAUAAACUGAAGGAGAUGGUGAGGCGGUAUGAUGAUCUAUGUGAUAAAGUAAAGGACAAAUACAAGAGUCGUAGAGAUGUGGACAAGCUGACCAUUAUAGUGUCACAUCCUCAUGGCUGUUCUAAGCAGGUCUCUGUAGGUCACUGGGUUGACAGACAGGGGGUGAGGGAGCAUGGUGAGAUGACCAGGUACACGUACACAACGUGUACCUGCCCAGGUAGCAGUGGGGCUACUGUCUACAGACUGGGGUGGGGCAGGUUUUACCAUCCCCACGGUGGAGCUUACUCUGGUGGAUUAAAUUAUAGUGGGCUCAGGUUGGGCUGAUGAUGGACAGAGACUUGUAGUUGUCUGCUCUUGUAUAGAAUGUAAACAUGGCGUCUGUUGGAUGUCUGCCUUUUCUAGAAUGUAAACAAACAUGGCGCCUGUUGGAUGUCUGUCUUUUCUAGCAUGUAAACAAACAUGGCGUCUGUUGGAUGUCUGCUGUUAAAAUAUUUCUUGACAUUAUUGUAAGAGCUUAAUUAAAAUUUUAAUUAAUUCUCUCAUUAUUUUUAUCAG